AUGUUCUUCUGGCUUUUCGAUUCCAAGAAUGAUCCGUCAUCGGAUCCGCUUAUUCUCUGGAUGACAGGAGGCCCUGGUGCUUCCUCUACAGGCUAUGGAAACCUUAUGGAGUUGGGCCCCUGCCGAAUAGCUCCUGAGGGAGGUUAUACGAUUGAGAAUGAGUUUGGAUGGAACAAGAAUGCCACCGUUCUCUUCGUGGAUCAGCCGAUCAGCGUCGGGUUCUCAAGCGGCUCAAGGGUACCACAAGGCUUGACAGAGGCAUCGCGAGCUAUGCACACUUUCCUGGAUCAGUUUCUCACUGCAUUCCCUCUUCUUAGAAAUGUCGACUUUUAUAUCGCAGGAGAGUCGUACGGAGGCUCUUGGGUGCCGGCACUGGCAUCGGAGAUUCUGCGCAACCAAGAGAACACCAAUGCAGGCAGGAACGAAGAUCCUGCACAACGUCCCUUGUCUCGCGGGGUGCUUGAAGGUAUCCAGAAAAUCAAUCUUAAGGGUGUAAUGAUCGGCAAUGGUCUAGUUCGUCAGCCCGUGCAGAACCCUGGAACCUUUGAGGCGUUGUGCUCUGGCCCCGACGGACUUUUCAACACAUCACAAUGUCUCGAAUGGGCUCCGAGAGCUCUAUGGUGCGAGAAGAAUCUCGGAGUGUGUGAGACGAAAGGCUGGACCUCGUCCGAAUGCAAAAGCGCACAGAAGCUGUGCUCUGAAAUGGCCGAGGUUGCCAUCAACGAGAUGCAUCGUAACCCGUAUGACUGGCGCCGCACAUGCGGUGACGAUCCUUUGGGUUGUUACCCGGAAAUGGCUCAUAUAGACAAUUACCUAAGUAGCAGCAUUGUCAAGAAAGCCCUCGGGGUACCGGAAGAGGCACCAUUCUUUGGUGUCUCUUUCGAUGUCUUCAACCUCUGGGAGGAAAUCGGAGAUUUGUGGAAGUCGAGUGCGGAAUACGUCAACUAUCUUCUCAACUCGGGAAUUCGAGUCCUCAUUUACGUUGGCGACAAAGACCUGUAUUGCAACGCAGCAGGUAUGAGAAGGCUUGUUAACGAAGGCUUGGAGUGGAACGGUCAUCCGUUCUUUCGGUUUCGGGAAUAUCUACCUUGGUAUCACGGCUCGAAACGUGUUGGUCGAUGGAAGUCAUACGACAGUCUAACCUACGCUGAGAUCUUUGAUUCUGGUCACCUUGCGCCGUUCGAUUUACCGGCGGAAGUUCUGUCGCUUGUAUCCGGCUGGCUGGGCGAUGGACAGCCACCGGUGAGAUGA